CUAAUAUUCUGUGACGAUAUUAGACAUUGCAAAAUUUUGAUUGUGUAUUUACAACAAGUCUCUAGCUGUAAACCAUUUCAUAUUCGAUACGAUCUAACAAAACUUCGGCUAUAACUUAAAAUUAAAAAUUGUUAAACUUAAAAAAUGAAUAAUUCACUGAUAAAAUGUUUCCACGUUCAGUUUCCUUUGAUAAGAGGAAUGUUAUCUUAUGCUGUGAUUUGGCCGACGUGCAGUGUUGUCCAGGAGUAUAUAGAGAAUGGGACGUCCAUAGAGAACGCUGAUUGGGAGAGAGCUGGCCGUUUCGGUAUAUUCGGAACAUUCUUCAUGGCCCCAGUCUUCUACGCCUGGAUGAAGUACACCAGCCGUUUCUUUCGACGGAAGAAUCUCCGCACAGCUGUAACUAGAGCUAUAAUCGAGCAGAUAUCGUAUUCACCGGUCGCGAUGGCGUAUUUCUUCUUCGGUAUGAGCCUGUUGGAGAAGAAACCGAUUAAGACAUGUGCUAAUGAAGUCAGAGAGAAAUUUUGGCCGACUUAUAAAGUCGGGGCCGUAUUCUGGCCGACAGCACAGACGCUUAACUUCUAUUUCGUCUCCGAAAAGAAUAGAGUGGUGUUCGUCAGCUGUGCUAGUUUCAUAUGGACUAUAUUCAUGGCUCAUAUGAAAGCCAAAGAUCAGGAUCUGGUGAUCAAAAACGAAGAGAUCGGAGAGAAACUUCAAGAAACGGAAGUCAAUGAAUACGAAAAACUAGCAAACGAACAUCCGAGAUAAAAUUUAUGUUACAAAAACAAUUGUUACGUUAAUCUAAAUAAAUGUGUACAAAUGAAAUUGAUUAUAUUUAUAAAACCUAGCAAAUCGUAAUAUAUAGAAAUCAAACGAAUUCUACAUAAAAAAAAACCCAACAUUGUCGAAUGACUAACGUUUUUGUGAGAGUGAAAAAAAC